CCCUUUCCCCGUGAACACCGAACGCGGGGUUCUGAGAAGGGUGGGAGGAGUUAAAUUCUUGGCUGGGUGGGGGGCGUUCUUGUGGGCGCCACGCCCCUACAGGAAGGAAGGGGGAGAGCGCGCGCGCGUUUGUGUGUGUGCGCGCGUGUGUGUACGUGUGUGUGUGUGUGUGUGUGUGUUUAGGAAUACACUUAGAAGGGAGGGGGCGGCCAGGGUGGGCCACCGGAUUGAAAAAUUGGAACAUCACUGGGGCUAUUGCUGGUUAACACAGAAAUCAGCCUCCUGGGCCAUGUCGGUUCUAAGGCCUGUUUCCUGUCAUGAGCCUCAGCAGAAGACGGACUCGCCAGCGCUCACAGUGGAUGACUUCCUCUCCCUGAACAAGAGAUGGGAUAGUACCGGGGAUCUGCCUAUCACCAGACUCUGGGCUUAAUAAACCAGCUGAAUGAAGGGAUGUAAUAGACCUCUGGGAGGGACACUGAAGCCUGCAGUGGGGGGGGAGGGGCCUGGACAUACCCCUUCCCCCCCAGACUCCUCCCCCUCAGAGUCCACUCAGCCAUGGACUUUGGACCUGGACAAGAGGAGAGAAGCCGCACUUUGUUUGGUGUAUCUGAUUUGGGAUUCUCAGUUUGGAAAUGGAGUGCUGGAUGGGGGUUUGAUGAUCUCCAGGGGAGCAGCUGAGAGAAGAGAAGAAAGGUGCGUGGCUGCUUCCUAAGCCUGGAGCCCAGAGGAAACAUCCCUAGGACUGUGGGAGCGUGAGCCGGGCAAGCCAAGGGCAGCCUCGAGCCCCAGCCUUGCCCGCCUCCCCCGCGGGGGCCAGGAUGCUGAAGAAGCAGUCUGCAGGGCUUGUGCUGUGGGGCGCCAUCCUCUUUGUGGCCUGGAACGCCCUGUUGCUCCUCUUCUUUUGGACGCGCCCCGCGCCUGGCAGGCUGCCCUCAGACAGUGCUCUCGAUGACGACCCCGCCAGCCUCACCCGUGAGGUGAUCCGCCUGGCCCAGGACGCCGAGGUCGAGUUGGAGCGGCAGCGGGGGCUGUUGCAGCAGAUCAGGGAGCAUCAUGCUAGGUGGAGCCAGCGGUGGAGGGCGCCCACCGCAGCCCCGCCUGUCCUGCCGCGAGCGCCUGUGACCUCUCCGCCGGCUGUGAUCCCCAUCCUGGUCAUCGCCUGUGACCGCAGCACUGUCCGGCGCUGCCUGGACAAGCUGCUGCAUUAUCGGCCUUCGGCUGAGCGCUUCCCCGUCAUCGUCAGCCAGGACUGCGGGCAUGAGGAGACAGCCCAGGUCAUCGCCUCCUACGGCAGCGCCAUCACGCACAUCCGGCAGCCUGACCUGAGCAACAUCGCGGUGCCACCCGACCACCGGAAGUUCCAGGGCUACUACAAGAUUGCUCGGCACUACCGCUGGGCGCUGGGCCAGGUCUUUCACAAGUUCAAGUUCCCAGCGGCGGUGGUGGUGGAGGAUGAUCUGGAGGUGGCUCCAGACUUCUUCGAGUACUUCCAGGCCACGUACCCGCUGCUGAGGGCCGACCCCUCUCUCUGGUGUGUGUCCGCCUGGAACGACAACGGCAAGGAGCAGAUGGUGGACUCAAGCAAGCCUGAGCUGCUCUACCGCACAGACUUUUUCCCUGGCCUGGGCUGGCUGCUGUUGGCCGAGCUCUGGGCUGAGCUGGAGCCCAAGUGGCCCAAGGCCUUCUGGGACGACUGGAUGCGCCGGCCGGAGCAGCGACAGGGCCGGGCCUGUGUGCGGCCUGAAAUCUCCAGAACGAUGACCUUUGGCCGCAAAGGUGUGAGCCAUGGGCAGUUCUUUGACCAGCACCUCAAGUUUAUCAAGCUGAACCAGCACUUCGUGCCCUUCACCCAGCUGGACCUGUCCUACCUGCGACGGGAGGCCUAUGACAGGGAUUUCCUUGCGCGUGUCUACGGUGCUCCCCUGCUGCAGGUGGAGAAAGUGAGGACCAGUGAGCGGAGUGAGCUGGGGGAGGUGCGGGUGCAGUACACGAGCAGGGACAGCUUCAAGGCCUUCGCCAAGGCCCUGGGAGUCAUGGAUGACCUCAAGUCCGGUGUCCCCAGGGCCGGCUACCAGGGCAUCGUCAGCUUCCUGUUCCGGGGCCGCCGUGUCCACCUGGCCCCACCCCAGACCUGGGCCGGCUACGACCCUAGCUGGAAUUAGCAGCACCUGCCUGCCCCUCCUGGGGCCCCUCCUGGCCAUAUCAUGGCCUAAGAUGGGACCGCAGUCCCUGGGCUGCAUCAUCCUCUCUUGUGUUUCUCUCUUGGGUCCAUUUAUCUUCUGGUUUUGUUUUUUUUUUCUUUCUUUGAGUGGCAUUCAAGUGCACAGAUGAUAAGGUGAGGCUUAAUCUCCCGUUCUCAAGGGGGUCAAAUCAGGGGAAUCUUUCUGGGGUAUGUUGGGGGAGUUACUAAGCAGGAAACCACUGUGUGGUAGGGAGAGACUUGGGCUUGUUGGGGCCACAAAAUCCACGUUCCAGGUUUUCUCCUAGGACAUCUGUGGAGAGGUUGGCAACUUUAGUUCUCUUGAUGAGGCCUCUUUUCCCUGUCCUGGCUAUUCUAGCCAGAGUAUGAGCCCUCCUCCUAUACCUGUCCCCCACCAUCUCCACCUUCCCGCAAUUGGAGCAAGGUGGGAGGCUGGAUUAUGUGAGAAGGAGAUGUACUUGUGGCCAAAAUGAGACUAACUAAAGGGGUUUCAUCAUCAUCAGGGUCUGGGCGGAGCUGUUAGGUUGUCAGGGUUUACUCCCUCCUGCCUGUAUUUCUCUUCUUCCCCCUCUCCUUUAUCCCUGACCUCCUCUCAGCUCUUCUUUCCCUGCAGCCUAGCAGUUCGUGAUUCCAAGAUGAAACGGUGAAGGGGAAAAGCAGAACCUCUCCUCAGCUCACCCGCUGGGGUGGGGGGAAAAGCCUUGGGUGCUGGGGCGCCCCUCCCUCAUCCUUCCUCCAAGAAACAGACUGCCCCCUAUCCCGUCCUUUCUAAAAACCAAUCCUUUCCCUGUCGCUCUGGGACGGUUCAUGCUAGCCCGGCCCGUGGCUUCUGGAGGCCCUCUCGGUGUGAGGUAGAGCAGCCAAGACCAUUCAGCCCAGCCUCCUUCCCUUCUCCCCCAAGCAUUCCCUUCCCGUGUGCACAGAUUAGGACGCAGAUGGCGGGUUGGAGAGCAACGUGUGUGUUUUUCUUUCUUGCCUGACCUCAGUUCAUGGAAGAAAGUUGAAGCUACAGAAUUAUUUUCAAAAAUAAAGCCUGAAUUGUCU